GUGUGGGCAGGAAGUGCUUGUGCUGGGGACGCUCUAGCCGCCGCCGCUGUCUAUGUUCUCAUGCCCUUUCCAGCCUCGUGGGAAGUGAACAGAGUCUCAGCCUCAGAAAGCCCUCCCUGCCAUGGAGGCCAGUGGGGUGGCCCCCAUCAGAGCCCAAUACCUUUCUACGAAAGAAGAGUUUCAUGCCUACCUUGACCGGGAAGGAAAACAGCAGAGCGGCGAAGAUGGUGAGAAGGAUGAGCCAGAGAAGAAAGCUGGUGGUGACCAAAGCGAACCUCCUCCUGCCAAGCUUCAGAAGCUGGAGGAAGAUGGAGACCAAGAAGAAAAUCUGUCGGAAGCAGGAAAUGAAAAUAAAAACAAGGAAGAACGGAAGAGGGCCCGGGGCCAGAACAAGAGCCGCCCGUGUAUGAAGCCUGCUAACUAUGAGAAGAACCGGCUGUGCCCCUCAGUUGUCCAGGAACGCACAGACAAAUGUUUCUUUGGCUCACGGUGCCGCUUCCUCCACGAUGUCAAAGAAUACAUGGCCACAAAGGCCCCAGACCUCGGAGACAGCUGCGUGCUCUUCAAAACCUUUGGCAAGUGCAUCUAUGGGGUCACUUGCCGGUUUGCCAGCUGCCAUUUUGGGGAGGAUCUCAAGAACAUCAUUGACACAAACCUCCAAAAACAGUGGGAGGGGAAGGCAGUGGUGAAGAACGGCCUGAGCAAAGAGCUUCAACAACAACUGCGGAAGAAGAAAUUCCCCUUUGACAAGUCUCAGGAAUAUCUUCGCCGCCUUGGCAAGACCAGCCGCGCAGCUGGAUCCGGGAGCAAAGCUUCUGUGAGAGAGACAGGGACGCCAAACUGUACUUCAUCCAAAGAAAGUGUGGAUCUCAACCCUGCGGACGUGGAAGUGCCGGACGUCACCCUUUCAUCGCAGAACGAAAAGGCCUCGUUGUUAACUACGGAAGAUUCAGAUAAUCUGGCAGUGCCGGAGCAACCAAUUCUCAAAACAUCCGGCACUGUGACAGAUGAAGAUGUUGUGAAGCUGAGACCAUGUGAGAAGCGAAAGCUGGAUCUCAAUAGCAAGCUUUAUUUGGCUCCUUUAACAACGUGCGGCAACCUCCCUUUUCGGAGAAUCUGUAAGCGCUACGGAGCAGAUGUCACCUGUGGAGAGAUGGCUGUAUGUACGAAUUUGCUCCAGGGACAGUCAUCUGAGUGGGCUUUACUGAAACGGCACCACACUGAAGAUCUUUUUGGUGUCCAGUUGGAAGGAGCAUUUCCAGACACCAUGACCAAGUGUGCAGAGCUUCUCAACCGGACCAUCGAGGUGGAUUUCGUAGACAUUAAUGUUGGUUGCCCCAUUGACCUCAUAUAUAACAAGGGUGGCGGCUGUGCUUUAAUGACCCGCACAAACAAGUUCGAACAGAUAGUCCAAGGCAUGAAUUAUGUAUUGGAUGCGCCGUUGACCGUCAAGAUCAGAACUGGUGUGCAAGAGAAGACCAACUUGGCUCAUAAGAUCAUCCCCAACCUCCGGGAAUGGGGGGCAGCUUUGGUCACGCUUCACGGCCGGUCAAGAGAGCAGAGGUACACAAAGGUGGCAGACUGGGAAUACAUCUCGGAGUGUGCCAAAAUCGCCAGUCCAAUGCCUCUUUUCGGGAAUGGGGAUAUCUUCUCUUUUGACGAUGCCGAUCGAGCCAUGAAAACUGGCGUUUCGGGGAUUAUGAUCGCCAGAGGGGCACUGAUCAAGCCUUGGAUUUUCACUGAAAUCAAGGAGCGGCGCCACUGGGACAUCUCAUCCUCUGAGCGGUUUGAGAUCCUUAAGGACUACACCAACUAUGGCCUGGAGCACUGGGGGUCGGACACGCAAGGCGUGGAGAAGACCCGGAAGUUCAUGCUGGAAUGGCUCUCCUUUCUUUGCAGGUACAUUCCAGCCGGUUUACUGGAGCGCCUGCCUCAGAGGAUCAAUGAGAGACCCCCGUAUUACAUGGGGCGAGACUACAUGGAGACCCUCAUGGCAAGCCAAAAUGUGGGGGACUGGAUUAAGAUCAGUGAGAUGCUCCUCGGUCCUGUCCCUGUCAACUUCACUUUCCUGCCAAAGCACAAGGCAAAUUCAUACAAAUAGGACCAUUGCCGCUGUCGUUGGAAUUGAGUCUCUACUUGGAAGCAUUUUUGGAGAUUGUGACUCUUUUGGUUUCUCAACAAUAAUUUUUAAAAAUGA